GCGGCGGGCGAGCCGGGCGGGCUGCCGGCCAAGAAGCUGCGCAUGGCCUACGCCACCGGGCCGCUGCUCAAGUUCCAGAUCUGUGUUUCCUGAGGCUACAGGCGGGUGUUUGAGGAGUACAUGCGGGUUAUUAGCCAGCGGUACCCAGACAUCCGCAUUGAAGGAGAGAACUACCUUCCCCAACCUAUAUAUAGACACAUAGCAUCCUUCCUGUCAAUCUUCAAACUAGUAUUAAUAGGCUUAAUUAUUGUUGGCAAGGAUCCCUUCGCUUUCUUUGGCAUGCAAGCUCCAAGUAUCUGGCAGUGGGGCCAAGAAAAUAAGGUCUAUGCUUGUAUGAUGGUUUUCUUUCUGAGCAACAUGAUUGAGAAUCAGUGUAUGUCAACAGGUGCAUUUGAGAUAACUUUGAAUGAUGUUCCAGUGUGGUCUAAGCUGGAGUCUGGUCACCUUCCUUCCAUGCAGCAACUUGUCCAAAUUCUUGAUAAUGAAAUGAAACUCAAUGUGCACAUGGAGUCAAUGCCCCAUCAUCGAUCAUAGCCUCUUCUAUCAGCGCUGAAACUUCUUGCAUUAAAGCAAAACUUUCCAUUGGCAGCGUGGCUGAAACCAAUGAAGGCCUGCACUGAAGACAGCAAGCUGUUAGUGCAGACUGGAUGCUUUCUUUACAGUCACGUUGUACCUCCUGAAAAACCUCGAUGGAAGACCUCUUUCAGUGCUGGCAUGUUUCCAAAUACUGCACGUUCAUGGAGUGCAAUAAUACUGUAUAGUUUUUUUUAAGAGUUAAUUCGACCAGUUCAUAGCUAAACAAUACAGGCAUUACUAAUUGUAACUUUUAUUUUAUAUUCAUGUUUCACAGAAUGGCAGAUUGAGUUGAUAUCUAAUUUUUCCUUGGAAAAAGUUUGUCUAAUCUGUUGUAAUUUUAUAUGAAUUUAUGUUCUUUUUGUAGUUUAAAAUAGAAUUACAGGAAUAUCUGAUAUAGUCCUAAACUGUCUUAAAUAAUUGACAACUAUCUAUCAGACAUCUCUAAUAUGGUUAUAUCAGGUUUGUAUAUUUUUCCAAAUAUAUUGCAGAGUGAAAUGGUGCACUAUAUGCUAAAUUAUAUGGACAAAACUAUAUGGAGAGUAAUUACAUCACUUUUGUGAUUUCAGAAAAAACAAAAAAAAUAACUGCUUUUUAAACUGCAUUGGCCAGCUCAGGAGUUUCUUCCUCAACCAGUUAAAAGAAUUGAAAAGCUGGGCCUUUAUACUGUCCUAAAUAUAAACUAAGCAAAUGUAAUUUAAAUAAAGAGUUCUCAUUUACUGUG